AUGUCGCACUGCAGCAGCAGCAGCAGCAGCAGCAGCAGCAGCAGCAACAGCAGCAGCAGAGGCAUGAGUAGUAGUAGCAGGAGUACCAACCAGCAGCUGGGGAAGCAACAAGGACGAGAAGCAACGCGCUGGCGGAGUCGGGACAUAGGCACCUGCAGCAGCAGCAGCAGCAGCAGCAGCAGCAACAGCAACAGCAGCAACAGCAGCAGCAACAAGAACAGCAACAGCAGCCUUUAUUUGCCCCUCUUGUUGUCAGUAGCAGCAGGGGAAGCAGCAGCUUGUAGAGGGCGGGGAGCAGCAUCAGCAGCACCUGUUUGUGCAGCAGCAGCUUCCCCUCCUGGUGCUGCAGCAGGUGCAGCAGGUGGAGGAGGAGGGGGAGCAGCAGCUGCAGCAGCAGGAGCAGCAGCAGCAGCAGAUUCCUCCGCGGGUCGCUCUUGUUCAGGCGGUGGCGCUGCAGCUGAGGAAGCAAACAGCAGCAGCAGCAACAGCAACAGCAACAAGGAGACAAUUAAAACAACACUGCAGCAGCAGCAGCAGCAGCAGCAGCAGCAGCAACAGCAGCACCCCCAUCACCCCCAUCAGCAGCAACAGCAGCAGCAGCAGCAGGCGUACUAG